ACAUACUCAAUAUUGCAGUACACAGACCAACACAUUAUCUUUCCUUUUCCUUUCUUGUAGCUGUUUUGAAUGUGUUCUCUCUGAUAACAACUAGGUAGCUUCUCUCUUCUUGCUAUCAUCACUCUCCAACUCACCCUGAAUGCCGGAAAACAAUAUGAGUAUUUCUGUGAAUGGACAAUCUCAAGUCCCUCCUGGCUUCAGGUUUCACCCAACAGAAGAGGAGCUUCUGCAGUACUACUUGAGAAAGAAGGUCUCUUAUGAGAAGAUUGACCUUGAUGUCAUUCGUGAUGUUGAUCUCAACAAGCUUGAGCCAUGGGACAUACAAGAGAAAUGCAAAAUAGGAACCACUCCACAAAAUGACUGGUACUUCUUCAGCCACAAAGACAAGAAGUAUCCGACCGGAACACGCACCAAUCGCGCCACCGCUGCAGGGUUCUGGAAGGCCACUGGCCGUGACAAGGUGAUUUACAGCAACGGCAAGAGGAUUGGAAUGAGGAAGACUCUGGUUUUCUACAAAGGCCGAGCUCCUCAUGGCCAAAAAUCUGACUGGAUCAUGCAUGAAUACAGACUAGACGACAACAACACCAGCAACGAGACCAAUAUUGUGGCUAAUGUGAUUGGAGAUGGUAGCCAGGAAGAAGGAUGGGUGGUGUGCAGGAUAUUCAAGAAGAAGAACCAUCUGAAAACCCUAGACAGCCCCUUGGCCUCCUCCAUCUCCGGCGAAGGCGGAAGAAGAAGCCACUUGUUUGACGCUUGUGAUGAGGGAGCUCUGGAGCAAAUACUUCAGCAAAUGGGAAGGGGAUCAUCAUGCAAGGAAGAGAACAACUACGAUCAAGCCAACUACAAUAACUACGGAAGGUUUGUGAGGCCUUUCGACAACAAUGGCGGUGGUGGAGGUGGCGGCUACCAUGACAACAGGUUCUUGAAACUCCCAAGCUUGGAGAGUCCAAAAUCCGCAAGCAUGGACACCAAUGACAACAAUGAUAACAACAAUAACGGGUACCAUCCGGUUAUUCCGGUGGAGAUGGCAACAGAGAAUAAUGAAGGGUCAUUCACAAUCCACCAUCCAUUGGAGGCAUCACCAUCAUCAAUGGUGGUAACAUCAGGAGGUCUAACCAACUGGGCAGCGUUGGAUAGGCUUGUUGCUUCUCAGCUGAAUGGCCAGCCAUGCUUCAAUGAUCCCACCAUGGUGUUCUGCACUGGCAGUGACCACCAUGAUCUGCAACUCCCCACUCUCCGAUCAUCAUCAUCAUCUUCAUCAACAUCAUCACAUGCUGCCAGGGCUGGUCCUGUUCCUGCAGCUGCAUACAUGACUCCUGCACAGGAUCAUCACUACACCACCACCAGCGAGAUUGACCUGUGGAACUUUGCUCGUUCCACUUCCUCUGAGCCGCUCUGCCACGUGUCCAACACGUCAGUGUAGCGGAAUAAUAAUUAAACCAAAUCAAAUCAAAUCCCUCCUUCUUCUUUUUCUCCUCCCAUGUUCCUUUGUCAAAUAGGGAAAUAAUUAGGCCUUUGAUCACAUAUCAUGUUUCUUAGUUUUUUUUUAAUCAAAUCAGGGGUUGUCAUUAAAUGUGAUCAUGUUCUCAAUAUACACAUUACUUAAAUUAGCUUUGAUCAAAUUUAAAUGUUAUUUCCUUUUGUAAA